UGGAGUUGUAGAAGACAGACACCCAGGAGGUUUUUGCCUUCCGCGAUGGCUCAGUUUGGAGGACAGAAGAAUCCCCCUUGGGCUACUCAGUUUACAGCCACUGCAGUGUCUCAACCAGCUGCUCUGGGCGUGCAGCAGCCAUCGUUGCUUGGAGCCUCUCCAACCAUCUACACGCAGCAGACGGCGCUGGCCGCAGCGGGCCUCACCACCCAGACACCAACCAACUACCAGCUGACCCAGACUGCUGCUUUGCAGCAACAAGCUGCAGCUGCAGCAGCUGCCUUACAGCAGCAAUAUUCACAACCUCAACAGACUCUCUAUAGUGUACAGCAACAGUUGCAGCAACCUCAGCAGAGCAUUUUAACCCAGCCAGCUGUUGCCCUGCCUACCAGUCUUAGCCUAUCUACUCCUCAACCAGCAGCCCAGAUAACUGUUUCUUAUCCAGCACCCCGCUCAAGUCAGCAGCAAACCCAGCCACAAAAGCAGCGUGUCUUCACUGGGGUAGUUACUAAGCUCCAUGAUACAUUUGGUUUUGUGGAUGAAGAUGUCUUUUUUCAGCUUAGUGCCGUUAAAGGAAAGACCCCUCAGGUGGGCGACCGAGUCUUGGUAGAAGCUACCUACAAUCCCAACAUGCCGUUCAAAUGGAAUGCACAAAGGAUCCAGACUCUUCCCAACCAGAACCAGAGCCAAGCUCAGCCCCUGCUGAAGACGCCGCCGGCCGUUCUCCAGCCCAUGGCGCAGCAGACGGCGUUCGGCGUCCAGGCGCAGCCGCAGCCACAGUCCCUGCUGCAGGCGCAGAUAUCGGCCGCUUCCAUCACGCCCCUGCUCCAGACGCAGCCCCAGCCCUUGCUGCAGCAGCCGCAGCAGAAAGCUGGCUUGUUACAGCCACCCGUUCGUAUAGUUUCACAGCCUCAACCAGCUCGAAGAUUAGAACCGCCAUCCAGAUUCUCUGGGAGGAAUGACAGAGGAGGAGACUCUAUGCCAAAUCGAAAAGAUGACAGGAGUCGUGAAAGAGAACGAGAGAGACGUAGGUCCCGGGAAAGAUCACCCCAGAGAAAACGCUCCCGAGAGAGAUCGCCCCGACGCGAGAGGGAGAGAUCGCCUCGGAGACCACGGCGUGUUGUUCCGCGUUACACAGUUCAGUUUUCCAAGUUCUCCUUGGACUGCCGCAGCUGUGACAUGAUGGAGCUGAGGAGGCGUUACCAGAACCUGUAUAUCCCAAGUGAUUUCUUCGAUGCUCAGUUUACCUGGGUGGAUGCUUUUCCUAUGUCUAGACCGUUUCAGCUGGGAAACUACUGCAAUUUCUACGUUAUGCAUAGAGAAGUAGAUCCUAUAGAUAAAAACGCUGCUGUCCUUGAUCCACCUGAUGCUGACCAUCUGUACAGUGCAAAGGUGAUGUUGAUGGCUAGUCCUAGUAUGGAGGAUCUCUAUCAUAAGUCAUGUGCUCUGGCUGAAGAUCCCCAGGAACUUCGUGACGGAUUUCAGCAUCCUGCUAGACUUGUAAAGUUUUUAGUGGGUAUGAAAGGCAAAGAUGAAGCUAUGGCUAUCGGAGGACACUGGUCCCCAUCACUGGACGGACCUGAUCCGGAAAAGGACCCUUCAGUGCUGAUCAAGACGGCUAUUCGUUGUUGCAAGGCUCUUACAGGGAUUGACUUAAGCGUGUGCACACAAUGGUACCGUUUUGCAGAGAUUCGCUACCAUCGCCCUGAGGAGACCCACAAGGGGCGUACAGUUCCAGCUCAUGUGGAGACAGUGGUUUUAUUUUUCCCGGAUGUUUGGCAUUGCCUUCCCACCCGCUCAGAGUGGGAAACCCUCUCCCGAGGAUACAAGCAGCAGCUGGUCGAGAAGCUUCAGGGUGAACGCAAGGAGGCUGAUGGAGAACAGGAUGAAGAGGAAAAAGAUGAUGGGGAAGCUAAAGAGAUCUCUACACCUACACACUGGUCUAAACUGGAUCCGAAAACAAUGAAGGUAAAUGACCUUCGCAAAGAAUUAGAAAGUCGAACUCUUAGCUCUAAAGGACUGAAGUCUCAGUUGAUAGCUCGACUGACAAAGCAGCUGAAAGUAGAGGAACAAAAAGAAGAGCAGAAGGAGCUAGAGAAGUCUGAGAAAGAAGAGGAGGAGGAGGAAGAUAGGAAGUCUGAAGAUGACAAAGAGGAAGAGGAAAGAAAGCGACAAGAAGAGCUGGAGCGCCAGCGGCGCGAGAGGCGAUACAUCUUGCCUGAUGAGCCUGCAAUCAUCGUGCACCCCAACUGGGCAGCAAAGAGUGGGAAGUUUGACUGCAGCAUUAUGUCUCUUAGUGUUCUUCUGGACUACAGACUGGAGGAUAACAAGGAGCAUUCCUUCGAGGUUUCAUUGUUUGCAGAACUGUUCAAUGAAAUGCUUCAGAGGGAUUUUGGAGUGAGAAUUUAUAAAGCCCUGGUUUCCCUCCCAGAGAGGGAGGACAAAAAAGACAAAAAGGCCAAAAGAGACGAGAGAAAAGAAAAAAAGGAAGAAAAAGAUGAUGAAAAUGAGGAACCAAAGCCCAAGAGGAGAAAGUCUGGUGAUGACAAAGACAAAAAAGAAGAUAGAGAUGAGAAGAAGAGGGAAGAUAAAAGGAAAGAUGAUUCUAAAGAUGAAGAGGAAACUGAAGAUGAUAAUAAUCAAGAAGAAUAUGAUCCAAUGGAGGCAGAAGAUGCUGAAGAUGAAGAUGAAGAAGGCAGACCACUCGCAACUCCCAUUGAAGUCAGUAGGAGAUACCGAGAUGAAGAGGAAAUGAACAAACGGGAAGACCGAAGAGAGGGAAAUAAGCAUUGCAAAGAGAGGUCAUCUAAAGAUAAAGAGAAAGACAAGACACAGAUGGUGACUGUUAACAGAGAUCUCCUGAUGGCUUUUGUUUAUUUUGAUCAAAGCCACUGUGGAUAUCUUCUGGAAAAGGACAUGGAGGAGAUACUCUACACCCUUGGGCUGCACCUGUCACGUGCUCAGGUGAAAAAGCUACUUAAUAAAGUAGUACUUAGAGAAUCCUGCUUUUACAGAAGACUAACAGAUACUUCUAAAGAUGAAGAAAAUCAGGAGGAGUCUGAAGAGCUGCAGGACGAUAUGUUAGGAAACAGAUUACUGUUACCAUCGCCUACAAUAAAGCAGGAAGCAAAAGCUGUGGAGGAAAACGCUGGCCUCAUCGUGUACAAUGGAGCCAUGGUGGAUGUUGGGAGCCUUUUGCAGAAGCUGGAGAAAAGUGAACGAGUGCGGGCAGAGAUAGAACAAAAGCUGCAGUUGCUAGAAGAAAAAACAGAUGAGGAUGAAAAGACCAUACUGCAGCUGGAGAAUUCUAACAAAAGUCUAUCUACGGAACUCAAAGAUGUCAAAAAGGAUCUUGGCCAACUACAGGAAAACUUGAAAACCUCGGAUGAUAAAAAUCUGCAGUUUGAGAGUCAGCUGAACAAGACAAUCAAAAAUUUAGCCACUGUUAUGGAUGAAAUACACAGUGUUCUCAGACAGGAUGUUGUGAAGAGCGAAGAUAAAGAUCAGAAAUCCAAAGAAAAUGGAGCAAGUGUAUGAUGAAACUGCUGCUGUUUAGAAGAAAGGUGUUACAUAAUGUAAUAUAAAUCAUGAUACCAGAAUGUAUGGAAAGUGAUGCAUGUUUGAUUUUAGUAGUAUAAAUAUCUUAGUUCCAAAAGAUGUAUAAAGUUUUACGAAUGUGAGUGUCUGCUUCUGAAGAUUGCUUGUAAUUCUUAGCAUUCAAUUUGAGACACUCCUUGAGUGAAAAUAAUUUUGCAUUGCAAAAUGUUUUAGGAUGAACUUUGUUAUAGUUUUAACCCUAAUAAAGUUCAUCAACGUAA